CAGUGUGAGGCGAGCAUCAUCCAGCUCUCUUUAACUUCACAUCCAGAACACACGAGCAGCUGUCAACAUGACCAUCAACACACUCAGUCAGGAUGGAGUGCAGCGACAGCAAAUGCCCUGUUUGACUAAGAUGGAGCGCAUGAUCAUAUCCAUGCAGGACCCUGAUAUGGGCAUCAAGUUGCGCAACCAGCGUCUCCUUAUUACGGUCAUACCACAUGCAAUGACUGGUGUAGACAUUGUUGAAUGGCUGAUUAAGAAGUUUUCUAUCUCUGAUGAAGAGGCAUUGCACGUUGGACAACUCUUUGUAAAGUAUGGAUACAUUUACCCUUUAAAAGAGCCAAGAAACCUUAUUCUGAAAGCUGACGAUUCACCAUAUCGCUUUCAGACGCCGUAUUACUGGAUGUCGACACGCUGGCCUACUUCAGAACUAGACUAUGCAAUCCACUUGGCCAAGAAGAAUAUCCGAAAACAAGGAGAACUAAUUGAGUAUGAAAAGGAGUGCUAUAAUGCUUUACAUAAACGUAUCAACCACACCUGGGACUUUGUUGUGAUGCAGGCAAGAGAGCAGCUCAGGGCAUCAAAACAGCGUCGAAAAGCAGAUCGUAUCGUGCUGGAGUGUCAGGAACAAGCUUACUGGCUAGUGAACAGACCUCCUCCCGGUACACUGGACAGUAUAGAUCAUGGACCGGAAAGAAGAACCAUGAACACACGAGUGCAGCUGAAUGCAGAAUUCUACAAAAAAGAGAUUGAAAAUAACAGGAUAAGCCUGGCGAGGAAUCGUGUAAAGUCCUCCAUUUGCCUUGAGAGUUACGUUAAGUACUGUGAGCAGUACCAGCCCCAUGACCCCAUAAUGCAAGGAUGUCUUCCCAGCAACCCCUGGAUCACAGAUGAUAUCAUGUUUUGGAACAUGAACUCUGAAACAGUUGCUUUGCCGACUAAACUGCGUGUGGAGUGCUGGAGCUUUAGCUUCAUGGAGCUGCUCAACGACCUAAUGGGAAGAAAAGAGUUUCUCACGUAUUUGGAGAAAGAAUUCAGCGCGGAGAACUUGUGUUUCUGGCAAGCCUGUGAAGACGUUCGUCACGGCGAGACUGCAAAAAUUCCAGGGAAAGUGGAUGAGGUUUACAAACAGUUCCUGGCUCCUGGUGCAAGUCGCUGGGUCAAUAUUGACAGCAAGACUAUGGAAAAGACACUGGAAGGACUCAAGCGCCCUCAUCGUUUUGUCUUUGAUGAUGCUCAAAUGCACAUUUACUUCCUCAUGAAAAAGGAUUCAUACCCUCGUUAUCUCAAAUCUGAACUCUACAAGAACUUAUUAGCCAGAGCCAUAGUACCACAGGAGACCAAGAAAAGUGUUUUCCCGUUCAUGCGUCGUCAGCGUCACUCCAGCCCCUCGCCUGCCCUUGCCACCCAAACCGCAGAGGAUGAUGGGAAGGCAAAGAACUCUAACUCUAAUUCCGGAACAGCAUCCCGGCUUUAAACAUGCACACAAUAUUUACUGCUUGUUUUUAUUUUGUGCUAUUAUGUUACCUAACACAGCUGUAAGUGGCAUCUCCAUUGCUUCCUGUUGUGCUCUACAAAACAGAUGUUAUAACUAAAGGUCAUUAUAUAGCCUAAUAAGAAUGCUUGAUUCCUCUGUUCACAUUUCUCUAUAUGAUAUGUAGAAAUACAGCUUUUCAUGCAUUUCAAAGAUACUGUUUAUGAUGUAGCAAUAAUGCCGUAAGACAUCAGAUAUAUAUAUUACCAACUUUCAACUGUUCAACGAAUGUUUUCUUCAGUGUUUUAAGUGUAACUUGCCUUUUUCACACAUUUGUCAUGUUUUUAAUGUAUUUAUUUGAUAUAAAGUUUUUAAUUUCUGCUAUAAAUGUACUAUUGUCACAGUUUAUUGACAUAUAUUUACAUCACAUAUUAUAACAGUGCUUCAGUGAAUACUUGAAUGGACAGUACAUCUAAAAAUAUCUACCAAGACUAAGAAGCCAGUUUUAAAUAAUCAUUGAAUUAUUUAUUUUUUCCAUUUAUUGGCAUAUAUAUUACAGAUCAUUUUAGGAAAAAAGGAGACAGGAAUCAAGAGCACAAAUCAAAAUGACUAAAAACAACAAUAAAAAAACAUUAACAUUAAACAUAAUCUCUGUGACUGCACUGCCUCAUUCUCAACCCCAAACACAAGUGCAUAUUUGUGCAAUUUACAAGGCCUACCAAUGGACACAAAGAAGAACAAGGAUUGUCAUGAUAAGCGAUAUUAAAUCAAAACUAAAUCCCACAAGAAAGAAGAAAAGGUUUUGGGAUUCACAGAUUUACAAAUGAAACUAUUAUAUCUUAGUUUAGCUCAUAUUUCUUUUCAAUAUCAAUUCCAAUACAAAAUGAAUAUAAAACAUUGUAAAACAUCUGUAUAAUAUUCCAACCCUAAUUACCUCCUCUGGGGGAAAAAAAAGGACAUGAAUCACAUUAAAUGGAAAACCGUGACACUGAUUUACAUCCAUUUGAUCUUUAAAGGACAGCUGCUAUGUAAAUGUAAAUCUUAAAAGGACAUCCACAGAUGCCUCUUCAAGUUUAAACUAGCCUGAGGGUUCAGAAGUACAGCAUUAUGCAUAUCUAUGUAAAGCCUUGACCAAUACAGAAGUUGAUCUUAAAUACAUCAGAUACCCACUACAAACACACACACACACACACACACACACACACACACACACACACACCUUUAACCUAUGAAGGAGACACAGCCAUUCAUAAUGGCAUACAAGCAUAAUUUCACAUUCUGGCUCAAGCAAACACAAUUUUAAGCGAGUUUAAGAAGUUCUUCCCCUCGGAAACGUAAGAACAACAUCUCACGAAAAAUUUCAAGGCUUUUAGGGAGGAAGAAGGGAGGUCAUUUCUUGUACAUUCCUGACAGUGGUAUAAAUAAUAGUGUAAAACAAUUUUGGCUAUUAAAGGAGGAACUAUUGCACCUGUUCUCCAGUGUAAGCAAACAAUAGUUCAGAGACACAGACAACAGUAAUGAAAAUGCCCAACACGAUCCUCAACGUCAUAAGUAUGUCCAGACAGAAUCUGCAAUUUCCUUAUUUUUUCAAAUUUUCUGUGCUGAUUUUGAAAGAAAAUCUACAGAAUUCUGUGAAAAGUAUUUAACUAUAGUUAAAUGUGUUAUUUAAAAAAAAUAAUAAUUUCUGCAGAAACAAUCCCAGUUCUGUGGGUGCAGAUUCAAUGUGGUGCUGCUCAUAAAAAUCAACUGAAAAAAGUGCUGAAUAAACCUAGAAAUCAGUAGUGUUUUUCUCAAAAGAGAUAAAAAAAAUGACAUUUGUCCACAAAGAACAUGACAAAUGCAGUGUAAUUAACUGAUAAAUUGAUUCUCUGAUAAAUUAAACUGGGUCAAAUGACAUUCACUAAGUUGCCUUUUGUGCGUUUUCGUUCUUAAAAUAAUUGACAUUGCUGUUGUUCUCUGUGAAAUCACUCAUUUGAAAAGUUAAAAAGUGUAAAUGUAUCCUGUUUAAAGGAAUAGUUCAUUCAAAAAUGAAAAUUAUGGCAUUAUUUACUCACCCUCAUGUCAUUCAAACCUGUAAGCGGUUAUUUUUUCCCCAUGAAACACAAAAGGAGACGUUUUUAUUCAUCAAAAAGCACCA